UAAGCCGUGCCUUGGGCGUCCGUGCACUUCUGGGAUCGCAGUCGCCGCCCCGCGGGCAGCCCCGGAGCUCACGGGCUCCCAGUUUUCCAACCUUGAAGUGUUUUACAAUCAAAGCAAAGAGAAGAUUUGUGGAUGUUGAAUAUGCAAGCAGGUGAAGAGAGAGAGAUUGGAAGAGAGAUUUGUCCAGGUUGGGUGAACAAGCCUGCUUCAGAGCAGGAUGUCUCUGUAAUUGCUUCACCAGGGAUGGUAGCAAAGAGACUCCAAGAGGAUGAAUACCAGGAUUCUACAUUUGAAGAAAAAUAUGCAUGUGAUAGCAUGAAGGGAAACCCUCCCAGAGAGGUUCCUGGGCCACUCCUUUUCCAGGAAAGAGGUUUUGGAGGAAUAACUUUCAUCCACAAGGAAGUACCUCCUGAAAUGACUGGCCAAGAAUAUCAUUUUGAGAAAAGCUUGCUUUUGACCUCAAGCCUUGUUACACAUCUCAGGGUUUCUACAGAAGAAAGCCUACAUCAGUGGGAGACAAGUAGCUUACGCACCAAUGAGAUUUCAGACCAAAGUAAGUGUCCAACCCCCUCCACACAGAAAAAGUCUUGGCAGUGUAACGAAUGUGGAAAAACUUUUACUCAGAGCUCAUCCCUUACCCAGCAUCAGAGAACUCAUACUGGAGAGAGACCCUAUGCAUGUAAGGAAUGUGGGAAAGCCUUUAGUCGUAGUUCAUUCCUUGUUCAACAUCAGAGAAUUCACAGUGGAGUGAAACCAUAUGGAUGUGAGCAAUGUGGGAAAACAUUUCGAUGUCGAUCAUUUCUUACUCAGCAUCACAGAAUCCACACUGGAGAGAAACCUUAUAAAUGUAAUGAAUGUGGGAGUUCUUUCCGCAAUCAUUCACAUCUCACUGAACAUCAGAGGAUUCACACUGGAGAGAAACCUUAUAAAUGUAAUAGAUGUGGGAAGGCAUUCAAUCAGAACACUCACCUCAUUCAUCAUCAGAGAAUUCACACUGGUGAGAAACCUUAUUUAUGCAAUGAAUGUGGCUCUUCUUUUCGCAAACACUCAAAUCUUACACAACAUCAGAGAAUCCACACUGGGGAAAAACCCCAUAAAUGUGAUGAAUGUGGGAAAACUUUCCAAACAAAGGCAAACCUCUCUCAGCAUCAGAGAAUUCAUACUGGAGAAAAACCCUAUAAAUGUAAGGAAUGUGGCAAAGCUUUUUGUCAGAGUCCUUCCCUUAUUAAACACCAGCGAAUUCAUACUGGAGAAAAACCCUAUAAAUGUAAGGAAUGUGGCAAAGCUUUUACUCAGAGCACCCCCCUCACUAAGCAUCAGAGAAUUCAUACAGGGGAGAGACCCUACAAAUGCAAUGAAUGUGGUAAAGCCUUCAUUCAGAGCAUUUGCCUUAUUCGGCAUCAGAGAAGUCACACUGGAGAAAAACCCUAUAAAUGCAGUGAAUGUGGCAAGGGCUUUAAUCAGAAUACCUGCCUCACUCAGCAUAUGAGAAUUCAUACUGGAGAGAAGCCCUAUAAAUGUAAAGAGUGUGGGAAAGCCUUUGCUCACAGCUCAUCUCUUACUGAACAUCAUAGAACUCACACUGGUGAGAAGCUCUAUAAAUGUAGUGAGUGUGAGAAAACCUUCCGCAAGUAUGCACACCUUAGUGAACAUUACAGGAUUCACACUGGUGAGAAGCCUUAUGAAUGCAUUGAAUGUGGAAAAUUCUUCAGACAUAGUUCAGUCCUUUUCAGACAUCAGAAACUUCACAGUAUAAAGAAACCUUCAAAGUGUGGCGAAUGUGGAAAAUUCUUCACUCAGAGAUCAUCUCUUACCCAGCAUCAGAGGAUUCACACGGGAGAGAAGCCCUACGUGUGUAGUGAAUGUGGAACUUGUUUCCGUAAACAGUCAAAUCUUACUCAACAUCUGAGGAUUCAUACGGGAGAGAAACCUUAUACAUGUAACGAAUGUGACAAAGCCUUUCAGACAAAAGCAAUCCUUGUCCAGCAUCUGAGAAUUCAUACUGGAGAAAAACCCUAUAAAUGCAACGAAUGUGGCAAAGCCUUUUGUCAGAGUCCAUCCCUUAUUAAACACCUGCGAAUUCAUACCGGAGAGAAACCAUAUAAAUGCUCUGAAUGUGGCAAAGCCUUCAGUCAGAGCAUAUGCCUUACUCGUCAUCAGAGAAGUCAUUCUGGAGAUAAACCUUAUAAGUGCAAAGAGUGUGGGAAAGCCUUUAAUCAGAGUGCAUGCCUCAUGCAGCAUCAGAGAAUCCAUUCAGGAGAGAAACCCUACACAUGUAUGGAAUGUGGAAAAGCCUUCACUCAGAACUCUUCCCUCAUUGAACAUGAGAGAACUCACACUGGAGAGAAACUUUACAAGUGUAGUGAGUGUGAAAAAACUUUCCGCAAGCAAGCACACCUUAGUGAACAUUACAGAAUUCAUACUGGAGAAAAACCUUAUGAAUGUAUUGAAUGUGAGAAAUCCUUUAGGCACAGUUCAGCGCUUGUUCGACAUCAGAGGCUUCAUGCUGGAGAAUAAAACUUGGGACAUAACC